UGUACGCAUGUCACCCUCUGAGAUGUGUCCCUCUUUCCAUUACAGGGAUCUGUAUGAAGAAGUAUAAACAGCUGAAUCAGGCCAUUCAGCAAGCUCGGGACAACGGCCUCCUGUUCUUCCAUACCCCUUUCGUCAGUUUCCGGGGUCAAGAUUACAGUAACCAGCACCCGGCUGUUACCAAAACCCCUCCAUCUCCAGCUGUGCUCAACAAAACCACUUUGUACGACUGGUAUGACUGGCAGCAGCCCCCUGAGAAGAAGAUUGCCCUGAUGAGGAGGAUUUACAAAGACUACUUGAAGGAGGAAAGCGGCCCUCCCUGAGGCUAGUCAGUGACUUUUGACUGGACUGAACAUUCCUUGGAUGUGUGGAAGAUCCUUGUAAAAUCUCUGGAGGCGGUGGGUUGGGGAGCUACUUUGAUUGUUAUUGCCUUUUUUAAAAAAUCCAUCUGGUACUUGGGUUAUCAAUAAAGUCUGCACCCAUUUCAGUGA